AAGUUUCCGAACCGGAUUUGGAAACCGGUCGAGCCAAAUCAUGAAAGGAGAUGAAAUGCACUGAAUCGCUUGAUCUGAUCUCCACCGCCCCGUCGUCUCCCCCAUAGUAGUCCGAUCGAUCAUCGUCGGCGAUAAAGAUGAUCGUCUGCGUUGCUGUUGUCGGUCACCAGAACAAUCCUCUUUACAUCCAGAGUUUCACCGAAGCAGACGACGCCCUAAAGCUUCAUCACAUAGUCCAUUGCUCCCUUGACGUUGUUGAUGAAAGAGUGAAUAAUCCAAAGAAAUCAGGGCCAACACUCAAUGAAACAUUCCUUGGUCUUCUUUAUCCAACUGAAAACUACAAAGUGUAUGGAUAUUUGACCAAUACUAAAGUGAAGUUUAUAUUAGUGACAACCGAUCUUGAUGUUCGCGAUGCAGAUGUUAGAAAUUUUUUCAGGAGGUUCCACUCAGCUUAUGUUGAUGCAGUUUCAAACCCGUUUCAUGUUCCUGGGAAAAAGAUAACGUCUAGAAAAUUUGCAGAAAAUGUUAGCAACAUUGUCAAGUCGUUUGGAUCAAGUUCUACCGGAUGAGAAUCGGGCUUCAUCAGGUGUUUUAAGGAUUUAUCAACCUCAAUUUUUCAUCUUUUUUACAUUGUUCUUUGCCUUUGGGUAAAUGACACACCUAUGUUUAUUCUUACACAAUUAUUGAAUUUAUGUUUUAAGUGAAGAUCGUUUAAUGGAUUUCAUUAUUCAUACA